GGCGUCACGCAGCCGCACCCGAACAUGGCCUGCAUCUUGGUGGGCCCGGAUGGCAGCAAGAUAUCGGAGGCGUACCAGCGGGCGCAGGGUACGACCUCAGCGGAGGUUCUCGCGGUGACUGCUGCCGGCGGCGCGGCUCGCGGGGCCACGGCGUACUUAAAUUUGGAGAGCGGGGACUGCCACGGGGAGAUGGCGGCGGUGGAUGCCCUAGUUCGCGGCGGCGUGUCGCGAGUGGUGGUGGGGUUGCGGCACCCGCUACGGCACCUGCGAAGUCGGGCCAUUGGCAUGCUGCGGGCCGGCAGCUUCGACGGCGACGACGCGACGUCGGCGGCUGCGUACGGCGCCAUGUCGGCGUGUCUCGCCGCCAACGAGGCCCUGCUUCAUCGGUCGGUGUUGCGGCGGCCGCUGGGGGUGCUCAAGUACGCCAUGACGCUUGACGGCAAGAUCGCCACCAAUAUCGGACACAGCUCCUGGGUCUCUAGUCCUCAGAGCCGGGGUCUUGUGUUUGAGAUGCGCGCUCGUUCGGACGCCGUGAUUGUGGGCGGCAACACUGUCCGGCGUGACAACCCGCGACUGACCACCCGCCGGGAGGGCGGCCACACGCCCGCGCGCAUUGUCAUGUCGAGGACGUUGGACCUUCCGGAGGACGCCAAUUUGUGGGACGUGACGCUUGCACCCACCAUCGUGCUUACGCAGCGCGGCGCCCGCACGCGCUUCCAGGCUGCGUUGCGCUCCGCCGGCGUCGAGGUGGUGGAGUUUGACUUUCUGACGCCCGAGUCCGUGGCGGAUUAUUGCCAGGAGCGGGGCUUCCUGCAGUGCUUUUGGGAGUGCGGCGGCACGUUGGCGGCACCCACCAUCGCGUCGGGUGUAGUGCACAAGGUGAUGGCCUUUGUUGCGCCCAAGAUCAUCGGCGGCGUGCGGGCCCCUACCCCGGUGGGUGAGCUGGGCUUCGUGGAGAUGACCCAGGCUGUGGAGCUGUCGGACACCUCCUGGUCUCAGGUUGGACCGGACCUAAUGAUGACCGGCUACAUGCCCGCCAGCGGCGGGCUAUGGGCCUUGGAAGCCGCGCUGGAGGCGGCGGACGAGGAAACUGCCGCCGACGCUGCUGCCGUACCUUCCCGGAGGCGAGGUCCCGGCUCGCCUCAAAGCCGGUCGGUCGCGUUUUACAAGGCCUGGGACCGCUGGGGCGCCUUGUCCAACUUUUCCCCGCAUCCAAUCGUCAUGCCCGUCGAGCUGCCUGGCGGUCGCGACGGCGGCGCCGCCACGCGACGAUGGGCUAGCGUGGAACAUUAUUACCAGGCGCACAAGUUCUCUGGUGGACAUCAUCAAGACGCGGCGGCGGUGAUGGAGGCCAUAGCGGCGGCGCCGUCACCGGAGGAAGCUGCACGCAUCGGCCGCCGUGCGGAACGUACGAGACCGGAGCUCCUCCGCCGCGACUGGGCCACUGCCAAGGUCGCGUUUAUGCACGCGGCGCUGCGGGCCAAGUUCUCCACCCACCCGGGACCGAGGGCGAUGUUGCUUGCGACGGCGGGCGCUAGUCCACAUGACUAUUACUGGGGAGCUGGGUACGACAGGACAGGACAGAACAAGUUGGGCCGGCUGCUCAUGCAGGUGUGUUGGGUGGGGUGGGGUGGGGUGGGGUGA